AUGGCUAUUUGCCAUUUAUUGGCCCUCGUGCUUCAUUGCACACUGUUCACUGCCAUCGCGUGCCUUCCUCAAUCUACCGCGACUCCCACGCCUCAUUCGGACAACGACAACAGCUCCGUAAUAACUAGUAUUAUCGAGAUCGUUAUUGCAUUCGCAGCUCUCAUUGUUGCCAUUAUCGGUGUCCGUCGCUACUGGGUACGCCGAGGACGAUUUAAGCAAGAUGGCAAGCAAGCUCGGCUUUAUCAACACUCGCAAGGUAUCACGAAUGAUUUUGAGACUGCGAACGAUUAUAACUAUCAUCAUCACUACCACCAUUAUUACUAUCACUUGGAAUCGAGGACAUAG